UUACUAAACUUCUUUUUUGGGUUAUAAUAUCCGGCGGUAUCUUGACCCAGGUUGGCGAAGAUAGGGUUGCGCAUACCGAGAAGUCCAAAUUGUAUCUUUCUGGCACACCCAAUGAGCUAUUCCUCCGUACAAUGCAAGUUCGAAGAGCACAUCUUGACUGCCCUGAAACUCCCUGAUUAUUUCGCCCUGUAUGGUCGCCACGAACCUGCAACUCGAACCCAUGCGUCUUACGCUUCCGCCCGUGAAAACCCGGAGAGUGAGGUAUGGGAGCUCUACGGAGAAAACCCAGAACAGAUUAAAGGGGCCAUGCAGCGAAUGGAGAUGCCGCAGCAAUUUAUUCCGCUAGAGGGGAUCUACGACUUUAGUUGGGUGUGAGCAAAGGUCUCAGAAGACCACAACCGACCAAGCUUAAUUUACCAAUAUAAAAUAAUGAAAACGAUGUGAUUUGAUGCAAAAUGGGCAGAGAUACGUUUCAGUAAGCAAUUUUCAUUGCCCUCUC